AUGGAAAAUGAAGAUGGGUAUAUGAGUUUGAACCUAAAGGAUCGCUUGAAAUCCAGGGAGGGACUUAAAGAGGUCUCCCCGUCUCUACAACAUUAUUGCUUUAUGGUCCUGUGUGGAUGCAUUGGGAUCCUUAUUUUCCUGGUGACAAUGAUUGGCCUGAAAUUUUGGGCAGAAGAGAUUUCUGUGUGUCCGAAAGACUGGCUGUUGAACCAAGGGAAAUGUUACUGGCUUUCAACGUCUUUUAAAACUUGGAGAGAGAGUCAACAUGAGUGUGCGCAGUGGCAGGCGCACCUGCUGCUCAUUCGGAAUUUGGAUGAGCUGAGGUUCAUACAGAGCAGUUUAAAACGGGGCUAUCUCGGCUGGAUCGGCCUGUAUGUCACAGCCCAAGGCAGACUGUGGAGGUGGAUAGAUGAGCAAGCUUUUGUUCCACAACUGUUUUCAGUGAUUGGACCCCAGGAUGAGAGGAGUUGUGCUAUCAUAACGGGCAGGCAGGUGUACUCGGAGGACUGUGACUCCACGUUCAAUGCCAUCUGCCAGAGAGACGCUGUCUGUUGCCCCCACAAUCGAUCCACUGGUGCUGUGUAAAUGUAUGAGG